UGGGAGGAAGGGUGUUUCCUCCUCUGACUUGUUCCCUGUGUAGUGGCUGCGCCUGGAACUUACAGCCCUGGAAUCUCGGGCGGGGGCAGAAGUUUAGGGCAGACUAGCGAGGUCCUGUGUGCCAGCGAGAGGCCGGUGCCUGUGUGACCUAAAGGCAGCUGCUGCGGGCAGGGCCCAUCACAAGGCGCAUAAUGACGGCCCAGGUUACCUUAGAGGAUGCUUUGUCCAAUGUAGACCUUUUGGAGGAAUUGCCUUUGCCUGACCAGCAGCCAUGCAUUGAGCCUCCUCCCUCUUCAUUACUGUACCAGCCAAAUUUUAAUACUAACUUUGAAGAUCGAAAUGCUUUUGUCACUGGCAUUGCAAGAUACAUUGAGCAAGCUACUGUCCAUUCGGGCAUGAAUGGGAUGCUGGAGGAGGGCCAGGAAUAUGCAAUCAUGCUAUAUACAUGGAGAAGCUGCUCUAGGGCCAUACCACAGGUUAAAUGCAAUGAGCAGCCUAACCGUGUUGAAAUCUAUGAGAAAACAGUGGAGGUGUUGGAACCAGAGGUUACUAAACUGAUGAACUUCAUGACAUUUCAGAGGAAUGCCACUGAACGUUUUUGUGCAGAAGUGAAACGUUUAUGCCAUGCGGAGAGGAGGAAAGACUUUGUGUCUGAAGCUUAUCUGCUAACUCUGGGCAAAUUCAUCAAUAUGUUUGCAGUCUUAGAUGAGCUUAAAAACAUGAAGUGCAGUGUCAAAAACGACCAUUCGGCCUACAAAAGGGCAGCACAGUUUUUGCGUAAAAUGGCAGAUCCCCAGUCCAUCCAGGAAUCUCAGAACCUUUCCAUGUUUCUUGCUAACCACAACAAGAUAACGCAGUCCUUGCAGCAGCAGUUAGAAGUCAUCCCUGGAUAUGAAGAGCUCCUCGCUGAUAUAGUUAACUUGUGUGUGGACUACUAUGAAAAUAAAAUGUACCUCACACCUGGAGAAAAACACAUGCUCUUAAAAGUGAUGGGCUUUGGAUUAUACCUCAUGGAUGGCAGUCAAAGCAACGUCUACAAACUGGAUGCCAAGAAGAGAAUAAACCUGACAAAAAUAGACAAAUUCUUUAAGCAGUUGCAAGUGGUGCCGCUGUUUGGCGACAUGCAGAUAGAACUUUGUCGAUACAUUAAAACCAGCGCUCAUUAUGAAGAAAAUAAGUCAAGGUGGACUUGCACAUCCUCUAGCAGUAGCCCUCAGUAUAACAUCUGUGAGCAAAUGAUCCAAAUCCGAGAAGACCACAUGCGUUUCAUCUCCGAGCUGGCUCGUUACAGCAAUAGCGAGGUGGUGACUGGAUCAGGUCGCCAGGAAGCCCAGAAAACUGAUGCAGAGUAUCGGAAGCUUUUUGACCUGUCACUACAAGGCCUGCAGCUCCUAUCUCAGUGGAGUGCUCAUGUCAUGGAAGUGUACUCCUGGAAGCUUGUGCACCCUACUGAUAAAUAUUCCAAUAAAGACUGCCCAGACAAUGCGGAAGAAUAUGAGAGAGCUACGCGGUACAACUACACGAGUGAGGAAAAGUUUGCUCUAGUUGAAGUAGUUGCCAUGAUUAAAGGCCUGCAGGUUCUCAUGGGGAGGAUGGAAAGUGUUUUUAACUACGCUAUCCGCCAUACAAUAUAUGCUGCCCUGCAGGAUUUUGCUCAGGUUACGUUAAGAGAGCCACUGAGGCAAGCUAUCAAGAAGAAAAAAAAUGUCAUCCAAAGUGUGCUUCAGGCUAUACGAAAGACAGUUUGUGAUUGGGGGGAAGGAUGUGAACCAUUUAAUGACCCUGCCCUUAGGGGUGAGAAAGACCCCAAAAGCGGAUUUGACAUCAAAGUCCCAAGACGAGCUGUGGGGCCUUCUAGUACUCAGCUGUACAUGGUAAGAACCAUGCUAGAGUCACUCAUUGCUGACAAAAGCGGUUCCAAGAAAACGAUGCGAAGUAGCCUAGAGGGUCCCACCAUUUUGGACAUAGAAAAAUUUCACCGCGAGUCUUUCUUCUACACACACUUACUUAAUUUCAGUGAGACCUUACAACAGUGUUGCGACUUGUCACAGCUGUGGUUCAGAGAGUUUUUCCUGGAGCUGACCAUGGGCCGCAGAAUUCAGUUCCCCAUUGAGAUGUCUAUGCCGUGGAUUCUGACAGACCACAUCCUAGAGACAAAGGAAGCAUCGAUGAUGGAAUAUGUUCUUUAUUCACUGGAUCUUUACAACGACAGCGCUCAUUAUGCACUCACAAAGUUUAAGAAACAGUUUCUUUAUGAUGAAAUUGAAGCUGAGGUGAACUUGUGCUUUGAUCAAUUUGUCUACAAACUUGCUGACCAAAUCUUUGCCCAGUACAAGGUGUUAGCUGGCAGUCUUCUUUUAGACAAGCGGCUUCGAGCAGAUUGUAAGAAUCAGGGAGCUAAUAUCUCUCAGCCACCAUCCAAUCGAUAUGACACCUUGCUGAAGCAGCGCCAUGUGCAGCUGCUUGGCAGAUCAAUUGACCUCAACCGGUUGAUCACUCAAAGGAUUACAUCUGCCAUGUACAAGUCACUGGAGUUGGCCAUAGGACGGUUUGAAAGUGAAGAUCUGACCUCUAUUGUUGAGUUGGACGGACUCAUUGAGAUAAACCGAAUGACUCAUAAACUGCUGAGCAAAUACUUGACCUUGGACAGCUUUGAUGCAAUGUUUCGAGAGGCCAAUCAUAAUGUGUCUGCACCGUAUGGCCGGAUCACUCUUCACGUCUUCUGGGAGCUCAAUUACGAUUUUCUACCCAACUACUGCUACAAUGGCUCCACCUAUAGGUUUGUUCGCACUGUGCUGCCUUUUUCUCAGGAGUUCCAGCGUGACAAGCAGCCAAAUGCUCAGCCCCAGUAUUUAUUUGGCUCCAAGAUUCUAAACCUGGCGUACAACAGCAUUUAUAACCAAUACAGACACUUUGUGGGACCUCCCCAUUUCAAAGUGAUCUGCCGUUUGCUUGGAUAUCAGGGCAUUGCUGUUGUGAUGGAGGAAUUGCUGAAAGUUGUAAAGAGCCUUCUGCAAGGAACAAUUCUCCAGUAUGUGAAGACCUUGAUGGAAGUCAUGCCUAAGAUCUGUAGGCUACCCAGACACGAGUACGGUUCCCCAGGAAUCCUGGAGUUCUUCCACCACCAACUUAAGGACAUAGUAGAAUAUGCAGAGCUGAAGACUGUGUGCUUUCAGAACCUGCGGGAAGUGGGCAACGCAAUUCUUUUCUGUCUUCUCAUAGAACAAAGCUUGUCACUUGAAGAAGUGUGUGAUCUGCUUCAUGCUGCACCUUUCCAGAACAUUCUCCCAAGGGUGCAUGUUAAGGAGGGAGAACGUCUUGAGGCAAAGAUGAAAAGGCUGGAAUCCAAGUAUGCGCCUCUUCACCUAGUUCCACUUAUAGAGAGACUGGGAACCCCUCAGCAAAUUGGAAUUGCAAGAGAAGGGGAUUUACUCACUAAAGAACGACUGUGCUGUGGUCUAUCAAUGUUUGAAGUCAUCCUAUCCCGAGUCAGGACCUUUUUAGAUGACCCUAUCUGGCGGGGACCACUUCCCAGCAAUGGUGUUAUGCAUGUGGAUGAGUGUGUUGAGUUCCACCGACUUUGGAGCGCGAUGCAGUUUGUUUAUUGUAUCCCAGUGGGGGCACAUGAGUUCACUGUGGAGCAAUGCUUUGGAGAUGGAUUGCACUGGGCUGGAUGCAUGAUUAUAGUACUUUUGGGACAGCAUCGCCGAUAUGAUGUCUUAGACUUCUGCUACCAUCUACUGAAGGUCCAGAAACAUGAUGGCAAAGAUGAAGUCAUAAAGAAUGUGGCUUUGAAGAAGAUGGUAGAACGUAUCCGCAAAUUCCAGAUCCUGAAUGACGAGAUAUUUAUUGUCUUAGAUAAAUACAUAAAAGCAGGAGAUGGAGAAAAUACACCUGUAGAACAUGUCCGCUGCUUCCAGCCUCCCAUUCACCAAUCACUGGCCAGCAACUGACACUGCUUUGUGCUGCUCUUGUGUGCGGACUGCAGAUAUUUUGUACAUGUCAUUAGAUGAUGAAAUGCAGCCUUCUUUUACUAGUGUAGCUUUUUAAAAGAAAACCAGCCCAUGCACUGUAUCUGAUGGACCUAUUUUUUUUUUAUUUUUUUGUACAUGGUCUUCCUAUUUUUCUAAUCUUAUAUAUCUAUUACAAUUAUGGUUCUAAGGGACAGUUAACACACAAUAUUUAGCAGACAGAAGAAUGUUGUUGUUUUUUUUAAAAGCCUGUAUUCCAUAUUUGGCAUACUUCUGUAUUAAAGGAAAUAAUUUAAAUUGUGUAACACCACUAGUUACAUACAGAAAUCACAUUCAUUGUGUUUGCCUAAAUCUUUCUCACUUUGGAAUAAAUUUAAUGCCAGUCACAUUAAAAUAAAUUUAAAAAAAAAUGCUAAAAACAUUCCUUAUAAAAGUGAUGUCCUACUGCUUUGUGAGAUACCAUUUAAUCUGUAAUUCCUUAUUUUCUGUAAUGCAAUAAAUGUUUCUUAUAAUAUCUGGUUAUUAAAUUGCCUUUCUCUAUGAUUUCAUUAUAAUGAUUACAAAAGCUGUUGGUAUUUAAUGCCAGACUAAAGAACAUUGGCUCAGUCCCCUUGUGUCUGCUGUAAGGGCUUGGAAAUAAACAAUAACAAUCCA